UUUCUGUCUGCAGGUCAUUAUUGCUGUGGUUUGAGCUCAGCAUGGCUGUAGUCAUCCGUUUACUGGGGCUUCCUUUUAUUGCGGGGCCUGUGGAUAUUCGUCACUUCUUCACGGGAUUGACUAUUCCUGAUGGAGGAGUGCAUAUAAUUGGAGGGGAAAUUGGGGAGGCUUUUAUUAUAUUUGCAACAGAUGAAGAUGCAAGACGUGCCAUAAGUCGUUCAGGAGGGUUUAUCAAGGAUUCAUCUGUAGAGCUCUUUCUUAGUAGUAAGGCAGAAAUGCAGAAGACUAUAGAAAUGAGAAGAACUGAUCGCAUAGGAAGAGAGCGACCAGGAUCUGGGGCGUCAGGGGCUGGCAGCUUGUCUAACUUUGUUGAGGCUAUUAAAGAAGAAGCAAGUAAUUCUGGAUAUGGCUCUCCAAUUAAUCAAGAUGCUGGGUUUCAUACUAAUGGUACAGGACAUGGUGAUUUAAGGCCAAGAAAGACACGGCCAUUGAAGGCAGAGAAUCCUUACUUGUUUCUGCGAGGUUUGCCUUACUUAGUAAAUGAAGAUGAUGUACGUGUCUUUUUCUCUGGUUUGUGUGUGGAUGGCGUAAUUUUCUUGAAACAUCAUGAUGGCCGAAAUAAUGGUGAUGCCAUAGUAAAAUUUGCUUCAUGUAUUGAUGCUUCAGGAGGUCUUAAAUGUCAUAGAAGUUUUAUGGGUUCAAGAUUCAUAGAAGUAAUGCAAGGCUCAGAACAGCAGUGGAUUGAGUUUGGUGGUAAUGCAAUUAAGGAGGUUGACAUUCCUAUGAGAACUGAAGAACAUUCUCCACCAAGAGGAAUUAAUGAUCGACAUUUUCGAAAACGAUCUCAUUCAAAAUCUCCCAGAAGAACACGUUCUCGUUCUCCUCUUGGAUUUUAUGUUCACUUAAAAAAUCUAUCCCUAAGUAUUAAUAAGAGAGAUUUAAGAAAUUUCUUUAGAGAUACUGAUCUGACUAAUGAACAGAUUAGAUUUUUAUAUAAAGAUGAAAGAAGAACAAGAUACGCAUUUGUGAUGUUCAAAACUCUGAAAGACUAUAACACCGCUCUGGGUUUACAUAAGACAGUUUUACAAUAUCGUCCAGUUCAUAUUGAUCCUGUUUCUAGAAAACAAAUGCUGAAGUUCAUUGAAUGUUAUGAAAAGAAAAGACCAGUGUCAAUAGAGAAAGAGAGGCUUGGACAUAUUUCACAAAAAUACUCUCAAGAAGGCUACCCUGGCCAGAAACUGUGUAUAUAUAUAAGAAAUUUUCCUUUUGAUGUUACAAAAGUUGAAGUGCAAAAGUUCUUUGCGGACUUCUCUCUUGCAGAGGAUGACAUUUACUUACUUUAUGAUGACAAAGGAGUUGGUCUGGGAGAAGCAUUGGUGAAAUUCAAAACAGAAGAACAGGCCAUGAAAGCUGAACGUUUAAACCGACGGAGAUUCUUGGGGACAGAGGUAUUGUUAAGACUUAUAUCUGAGGCACAAAUGCAGGAGUUUGGUGUAAAUUUUUCCUUGAUGCCCACUGAGAGAAUGCAAGACCAUUCACAGUCAUGUGAUAGAGAUGACCAUUCCCAUUCAUUUGACUCAAGUGAUCCACCAAUAUACUCAGUUGGCCCAUCUGAAAACUUUAGGCAUCAGCAAGAGGACUUGAGGCAACUGGACAAUUUCAAGCAAACCCAGGCGGAUUUCCGACAGCUUGACAGGAGCCUUCCAGAAGACUUUAGGCAUUCCCCAGAGGACUUCAGGCGCUCCCCAGAAGACUUCAGGUACCCUCGGGAGGACUUCAGGUACCCUCGGGAGGAGGACUGGAGGCGGCCACCCGAGGAGGAUUUCAGACGGCCUCCCAAGGAGGACUUCAGGCGACCCCCCGAGGAGGACUGGAGGCGACCCCCCGAGGAGGACUGGAGGAGGCCCCUGGAGGGAGACUUUAGGCGGCCACCUGAGGAGGAUUGGAGGCGGCCUCCUGAGGACGACUUCAGGCGGCUUCCUCAAGGGGAAUGGAGACGACCACCCGAGGAGGACUUCAGGCGACCACCCGAGGAGGACUUCAGGCGACCACCCGAGGAGGACUUCAGGCGACCACCCGAGGAGGACUUCAGGCGACCUCCCGAGGAGGACUUCAGGCGGCCCCCUGAGGAGGAUUUCAGGCGACUUCCGGAGGAAGACUUCAGGCGACCUCCCGAGGAGGAUUUCAGGCGUUCUCCUGAGGAGGAUUUCAGGCGUACUCCUGAGGAGGAUUUCAGGCGACCGCCCCCGGAACACUUCAGGCGGCCGCCCCCGGAGCACCUCAGGCGGCCGCCCCCGGAGCACUUCAGGCGGCCGCCCCAGGAGCACUUCAGGCGGCCGCCUCAGGAGCACUUCCGCCGGCCACCCCAGGAGCACUUCCGCCGGCCGCCUCAGGAGCAUUUCCGGCGGCCACCCCAGGAACAUUUCAGGCGCCCCCGAGAGGAAGAUUUCAGGCACCCACCGGAUGAAGAUUUCAGGGGCCCUCCUGAUGAAGACUUUAGGCAUCCUCCUGACGAGGACUUCAGGAGCCCCCAGGAGGAAGAUUUUAGAUGCCCUUCUGAUGAGGACUUCAGGCGGCUCCCGGAGGAAGACCUCAGGGAACCUCCAGAAGAGGACCCUAGACUUCCUGACAGUUUUAGACCUCCUGCUGAGGAGUUUAGGAACCCACCUGAUGACUUUAGAAGUCAUCGCCCUUUUGUGAAUUUUGGUCGCCCAGAAGGUGGCAAGUUUGAUUUUGGAAAGCGCAGUAUGGGAAGUUUACCUGAGGGGAGAUUUAUGCCUGACCCAAAAUUAAAUUGUAGUUCAGGUAGAGUAACACCUAUUAAGAUAAUGAAUCUUCCAUUUAAAGCUAAUGUUAAUGAAAUUCUAGACUUUUUCCAUGGCUAUAGAAUCAUACCUGAUUCAGUUUCAAUACAGUAUAAUGAACAAGGAUUACCUACAGGGGAAGCCAUUGUUGCUAUGAUAAACUAUAAUGAAGCUAUGGCUGCUAUUAAAGAUCUAAAUGAUAGGCCAGUUGGCCCUCGCAAAGUUAAGUUACUGUUGCUCUAG